CGGGAUGCCGGUCUUGCACCCUCGCGUUACACUCCAGUUCGACGAGGAUGAUCGGUGAGCGUGAUACGACCGUUUGUAACGGCGCCGGUUCAGUUGUUCGUGUUGUUAUUGUCACGUUGUUAUUGUCAUCGAGAAUAAGCACACUUGGGGCGAUUGUUUUUGGGCUUUUCACCGUCGUUGGACUAGCUCGGAGUGACACUCCACCGAGCGACGAUGGACCGAGCUUCACCGUGCCGAUAUCGAACGUGACUGUACCGGUGGGUCGGGAAGCCAUACUCGCCUGUGUCGUCGAAGACCUCUCCAACUAUAAGGUCGCGUGGCUACGCGUCAACACACAAACCAUCCUGACAAUAGCGAAUCACGUUAUUACGAAAAAUCACAGGAUCGUCGUCACUCACACCGACAAAAGAACGUGGUACCUCCACAUUAAAGACGUCAAGGAAUCAGACCAGGGCGAUUACAUGUGCCAGAUAAACACCGAUCCCAUGAAGAGCCAGGUUGGCUAUCUCCAGGUUGUAGUGCCUCCGGAUAUUCUGGACUAUCCAACGAGUACGGACAUGGUUGUCAGAGAGGGUAGCAACGUAACUUUCCGAUGUGCAGCAACCGGAUCUCCUGCACCGAACAUAACCUGGAGGCGGGAGGGAGCAGAGAAGAUACCGCUCGGGACGGGGGAAGGAGUGGCCAGCGUAAAUGGGUCAGUCUUCAAUAUAACGAGGGUGAACAGACUGCACAUGGGAGCUUAUCUGUGUAUAGCAUCGAACGGAGUGCCACCAACGGUCAGCAAAAGAAUAGCUCUCAUCGUCCAGUUUCAACCAAUGAUCAUGAUACCGAAUCAACUGGUGGGCCUUCAACUCGGACAGAACACGACGCUCGAGUGCCAUUCCGAGGCAUAUCCACAAUCGAUCAACUACUGGACGAGAGAGAAUCGCGAAAUAGUCCCAAACGGCAAAAGAAUAAUCGCGGAGAACGUUAACGUCGACGCAUACAAGAUUCAAAUGAAGCUCACCCUGCACAACGUCAUUCUCACGGAUUACGGAUCGUACGAUUGCAUUUCUAAUAACUCACUUGGACACACGAAUGGGAACAUCAAAUUGUAUCAAAUAAUACCUCCGACGACGCUGCCUCUUCCAACAACGACGACGCCGCUUCCCACCGUCAUUAAAGUUGAAAAAAAGCAGAGAUCUCAGCAGAAAUCAGUGCCGAGUGUUGCACCGAGCUCGAACGAGAUAAUCGACGCUUCCCAGUCAACUUUCAAUCAAAAAGACGCCGAGCUGAGAUCGAGAUCGAAGAACGAUGGCGGACACGCUUCUGCAUCCGCUAUCGGCAAGGCUGAUCGUAAUUCUCGAAAUAACAACAACAACAAUAAGAAAAAUGAACUUCUCGAAGAAACACAUCGAACCGACAAAACUGCACAGUCAAUGUCAUCCAUGAGCACCAGCCCAAUAUCAAUCGUAAACACCAACGUCAUCGCCAGCUUUGUUUUCAUUCUUCUGACCGCUCUCUCGUAGUGAUUCGUUGGCACUUUCAUUCGCCUGCGUCCUCUCAUUUUUCUUCCCCCCUCAACUGCAUUUUUUCUCUUAUUUUUCCCACACUUCGUUUGCACUUGCUGUUUCAACUGUUUUCGUUUUAGAUUGUUACCAAUUUUUGAGCCCCGUCGUUAUCAUCGUGGGUCUUUGUCGCACCGAAGACUUUGAGGAUUGACAGUUUUCGAUCGAGCUCAGCCCGAACGAUUUUGACGUCAGGAAACGUUCGUUUCACUCCAAUUCGAGCAAGCGAUAAGCCCCUUUUUAUUAUUUAGGUUACCCAAUGUAAAUUCUUGAAUUGGGCCUGAUUCAUUCCACUCCAGGUAAGCGAUACCCAUCACCGUUGAAAGCCAUUGUGACACUGGAAACUUUGCGUGCUCGCUCUUCAAGAAAUUCACACUUUUCAAAACAUUUUUUUUUCUUUUGAUCGAUCGAAAAACUCUGACUCACCCCUCAUGCCACAGGGCUCGGUGAAGAGGCUUCUUCGAUGCUGUUGAAGUUUCAAAAAAGAAACACGAAUCUCAAUGAGCAGUUAUACGAAAGCCUCAACUUCAUUGAAAUUCUAAUUGAACCUGAAUUCUCUACCGCUUCUGUGUGCUUGCUCGAAACUGCUCUGGAAAGCAAUAUUUUUUGUUCAAAAACUUGAGCGGAUUAAUUGAAAUUGAUGUUAGAAAAUAACUCGUUCAAGGGGGAUUGUAAUUUGGAAAAAAUACAUUCGCAUUCGAUGAGAAAUGCAGACUCUCAGUUGUAAUAACGCGGGGCUUGAAAUAUUAUUUCCAAGUUAUUUCUGUUGUGCUGUUUGAUAUUCUAUAUUGUUGAAAAACGAUGGAAAAGAAAAAUAUAAACAUAAUUCGAAGUCAAUUCGCUCAAUUUUGGAAGCAUCGUUUUAGAAUGAAAUUGAGUAAUUGAUAUUUAUUGUAACGGAGGCAAAAACGUGCGGAGAACGAGUGAAAAAUUGUACAUUUUAGUCCCUUUAAACCUCUCCCCCACCCCCUACCUCUCCAACAAUCAAUCAUUCGAGUUUAUAUAUAAUUCUGUAAAUACUAAUUGAUAAUACGUGACUCGAGGUCGCUCAAUUUUAUUAUUACAAGGGCUACACGUAGGACAAAAUAUUUUGUAAAUAUAAAUAAUGUGUUAUGAAACACGUAACAUACACGCGUAAUAAAACGCGAAUAAAAGAAUAAUGUUAAGGCUAUAUCGACCCCUUAAUUGUUGUAGAAUGUAAAUAUCGGUUGGCGGUCUAUGAAACAAAAUUCUAAUGAUUAUCGAAAUUUUUGAAACUUGUCCGCGCGAAUGUGAGUGCUUGGAAAUCGUUACGUCUAUUUCUGUAAAUAUUGAGAGAGAGAGAGAGAUAAAUGAAGAGGAAAAUUGAAGUGUGAAUCUGAGUGAGAAAAAACUUAGUCGUUAAAAUUGUUUGUACUAAUAAUAAUAACCUGCGUGUUAUAAAUUAGGUACGUCAAUGUGAUGUCAGACAAAAUUGUCGAAACGGAGCUACGAUAGUUUUUCUCUAAGACUUGAUUCGAAUGUGAUCUUUCGUUUCGAUCUUUCUCAAGCUCGGAUCGGAAUGGAAAAUGGAUUUUUAGUCAUUAAAGUUUAGGUAAUUAUUGAGAUACCGUUUCCAAUCGCCAGUAAACAUUUUCAAAAGCGACGAGACAGAGACAGUUCAUGAAAUCCUGAAGAAAAAUGUAUUUGGGCAUUUUGUUCUUUCACCGUCGAUAAGAUACGAAAUUAUCGAUUAAGAAUUACCAACAAUACUCUAUGAAAGAUACACGUACAGGAAUAUUUAAAAUCUUAUUUGUUCUUGAAAAUUCGCAAAUUAUUUGCAACUCGAAAAUUUUUAUUAAAAUUCCUGACACUGUUGACCUACGACUGGUAUUUUGAGGCCGAGUGCUCCGCUUGUUGAAUGCAACGUCUCGUAACUUUUCGUAAAACUUGGAAAAGUCGUAUUGCAAAAAAUUGAAGAGAAAAGAAAGAAGAAAAAGAAAACAGGAAAAAUCGUUGGACGUUCGUUCUCUUGCUAAUAGCACAGCUGUAAUGUACUUGGAAAGUUUGUAACCAAUACCGUUCCACACCGAAGUCUCUUUAUAAACUAAAAAGUAAUAUUAUCAAAUAAAACGAUUCUCAUUACCGAGAGAAAGAGGGCAAGCUGUAUCGCGUUAAUGUAAUUGAAUAAUGGGCGAAAAAGUGCAAUUUGUACGUGUGGCUAUUCGGAUUAACGAAAUGUGGAGCUUGCACCACAAUUAUUGGACGCCUCAUGAUAACGACAUUGCUUGGCUGCUGCACAGUCUUUGCUAAUUAGUUGGUUAUUGAUCAACCAUUUUUGUUUCGACUCAAUCUUCGGGUUGUGGUUUUAUGAAAGUACAAAUAUACUCAAUCUGAUUUUAUUUCGAAUAACCAAGGUUUUCUCUCCUUUUUUUUAAAUAAUCUAGAAAUCAUUUUUUUCUUUGAAUUGUACUGGACAAAAAAGAAUUGACGAUGAAUUACACACUUUUGUGCUCAUUUCUGCAUUCCAUAAAAUGCUACGAGCAAUCGUCAAAUAAAAAAGAGUUUUUCGAGAGUUCAAAAUUGACGAAUAAUAUGUUCUGAGAUCGUAUUAUAAAAAUUCCAAAAUUCUUAUACUCGAAAAUCAAUGUUCGUAAGGUUGAAAGUUCGCUGAACUUUUUUGCAGACUUUCGUCCAAUUGCAAGGUUUCGAAAUUCUCAUUCAAUGCAAAGAUUAAUUAUAAAAAAUGAGUAAUUCACCUUCGAGAUGGUGAUUCCAUUUAAAAAUCAUUGCAACGCAGUCAUUCGGGUGAAGAACGCAAUGAAUUUUUCAGUAGAAACAAGAUUGUUUACGGUGAGAUUUUGUGAUCAAAUUUACCGAUGUCAGAUCAUUCUAGUUUUUACAUUAUCACAAUAAAAUAGUCAAUUUGAUGAAAUAAGUAGGAUCCGAGAACUCGCACAAAAUUCUCCAAAGUAUCAGAAAAUCAUCGUUUUGCAGUAGAAAAUAAAAGCAGCACAUGAUUGGAAAGGUUUAUCGAAGCGUUAAUAGCUCGAUCGCGAAGCUACCGAGCUGAUAGCGCAAAGUUUCACGAAAUUGUUUAUCAAACCGCUCACCUGCGAAUUCGCGAUAAAGUGACUAUGCAAAAAAUAUUUUCGUCUGGAUGAAUCGUGUGUGGAUGAUCGAUGAGAUAAGCGCUAACGAAGGAGAACCAACAAAAAAUGUAAAAUAUUUUUGUUUUCCGAUCACAGGGAAAAUAAAGUGAGAAGUGUAUUUACUUGUAACCUGACACAUUGUAUAAAUAAUAAAAAUAAUAAUAACACUGGUAAAAUUAACGAAUACAAUAAAGUACCAAGUACGAGUAA